AGCUUUGUACCUCUGAAUAAGUCGUGGCUUUUCCUGUAUUAACCGUAAUUCUGAGAUUUGAUUUGAUUUAGUCGGUUUUUGGACUCUUUCGUUGAAGGAGACAGAUAAGAAGAUCGUAGCGCAUUUGUUUUCUUGUUGGGAUAGGACAUUUUGUUUUUAAGAGUAAAUUUGUUAAAUCAUUUUUUCCUUCGAGUUUUUAAAAUUCAUUCGUCAAGUUGAUUUUCUUUGCAAAUACGUCGGGAGAUAUGGACCCCGAAGUGACGCCACAGCAUGGACGCCGACCGUCGCGGAGGGUGUCGAUCGUGAUUGAUGCGAACGAUCGUGUCUGGGCGCCAGAGCGGAGAUCGUCCAACUCUUCACGGCGUCAAUCUUCUGCAUCCGACAAGUUAAAGCAGCACGAUAAUUUAACCUUUGUUCGCGAUGAGGCGGCACAAAUGCAAGAAGUUCAUUUGGGGCAUGACCCCCUCGUGCGGAGGAAGUCGGUUUCCUACCUGAAAAAGGAGAUGGAAAUUGAUUACCAUGAAGUUGAGAUUAACACUUUGUUCAACCGAUAUGGCAGUCAUCCGGCAAACGGUCUCGAUACCCCGCAAGUUGAUAAGAACCAAGAUAAGUAUGGUUCGAAUCAGCUCACUCCGCCGAAAGCGGAACCGAUGUGGUUGAAAUUUAUGAAAACGUUAUUCGGUGGUUUCCAACUCCUCCUGUGGGCCGGAUCGGUCCUCAGUUUUGCGGCUUAUAUUGCACAAUGCUUCCAAAGUGCGGAUCCACCCUCGGAUAAUUUAUACUUGGGAAUUGUGUUGGGCGUUCUAGUCAUAGUUUUAGGAAUGUUCACCUUCUAUCAAGAAUACUCGAGUGGGAAGGUGAUGGAGUCUUUUUCGAAAAUGGUGCCGUCCUACGCGAACGUGAUUCGUGGAGGAAAGCUGAUGAAUUUAAAUGCGAACGAGCUCGUGGUCGGGGACAUUGUCGAGGUCAAGUUUGGCGACAGGAUUCCUGCCGAUAUUCGAAUCGUGGAGUGUUCCGGAUUCAAAGUGGAUAACUCGUCACUCACCGGAGAGUCUGAGCCCCAGUCGAGGUCAAUUCUUUGCACCGACGAAAAUCCGAUGGAGACGAAGAAUCUUGCCUUCUUCUCGACAAAUGCGCUAGAAGGAACUGCCAAAGGGCUCGUCGUCGCUGUCGGCGAUGGCACCUUUAUCGGUCGUAUCGCCGGCCUCGCGACAGGCAUGGAUGCCGUCGACACGCCCAUGUCUCGCGAGGUUUCUCACUUUAUCAAACUAAUUUCCGGCGUUGCGGUCUUUUUCGGGGUGGUUUUCUUCAUCGUGUCGCUCACCAUGGGGUACAAAAUCAUCGACUCGGCCCUCUUCCUUAUCGGAAUCAUCGUAGCCAACGUCCCGGAAGGCUUGUUGGUCACUUUCACGGUAAUUCUUGCCCUCACGGCGAAACGGAUGGCGGGCAAGAACUGCUUGGUGAGACAGCUCCACGCCGUGGAAACGUUGGGGUCAUGUUCCGUCAUUUGUUCCGAUAAAACGGGAACAUUGACGCAGAAUUUGAUGACGGCGUCGCACAUGUGGUUCGGAAAUCGGAUUGUGGAGGCAAGUCCGGAUGCGAAAGAGUUUUCCGGGGAUGAUGCAGGGUUCACUAAUUUGGCGAGGGUGGCGUCGUUAUGCAGUAGGGCGAAAUUCUUACCGGAUCAGGGACACUUGCCGGCGCAGGAUAGGAAAGUUAACGGGGACGCGUCAGAGUCGGCGAUUUUGCGCUGUAUGGACAUGCAUUUGAAUGGAGUGGAAAAAUAUCAGAACGCGAGGAAGAAGAUUUUUGAGAUUCCGUUCAACUCGACGACCAAGUGGCAGUUGUCGAUUCAUGAUUUGAACGAUCCGAGCGACCCGAGGUAUCUGAUGGUUAUGAAGGGCGCUCCGGAACGGAUAAUUGAUCUAUGUACGAAAAUACGCAUAGGGGAAACCGUUUUUGAUCUGGAUGACGAGUGGAAGAAGACGUUUAAUACGGUGUAUGAAGAAAUUGGGGGGAUGGGGGAGAGAGUUAUUGGAUUUUGCGAUUAUCUGCUCCCAAGUGAUAAGUACCCUAAAGGAACCAUAUUUGAUUCGGAUGACACGUCUUAUGUCAAGGAUGGUCUCACCUUUAUCGGACUGAUUUCCAUGAUUGAUCCACCCCGACCAGGCGUCCCUGAUUCCAUUUCCCUCUGUCGCGAGGCCGGCAUUAAGGUCGUAAUGGUGACUGGAGAUCAUCCCAUCACUGCGAAAGCGAUUGCGAGAAAAGUCGGAAUAAUUUCUGAAGGAAACGAGACGGUGGAGGACAAGGCUAAGCGAUUGAAUAUUGAUAUGGAAGACGUAGACCCGGCCACAUGCACGGCUGCCGUCGUUAAUGGGGCAGAACUAUUGGAGAUGAGCACGCCAGAGUUGGAUGAUGUGCUAAAAAAUCACACCGAAAUCGUAUUUGCCCGAGUGUCCCCACAACAAAAGUUGGUCAUCGUGGAAGGAUUUCAACGUCUCGGAAAGAUCGUCGCUGUGACUGGCGAUGGGGUUAAUGAUUCUCCUGCCCUGAAAAAGGCCGACAUCGGUAUUGCGAUGGGGAUUUCGGGGUCUGACGUGUCCAAACAGGCCGCAGACAUGAUUCUUCUAGAUGACAAUUUUAGCUCCAUUGUUACCGGGGUGGAAGAGGGGCGUCUGAUUUUUGAAAAUUUAAAGAAAUGUAUCUGCUACUUGCUCGCGGCCAAUAUUGCGGAACUUUUGCCAUUCAUUGUUUACAUCACGAUGAGGAUUCCUCUUCCGUUGGGGACGAUUCCGAUGUUGGUUAUUUGCCUCGGAACCGACAUUUUGCCCACCAUUUCCCUCUCGUAUGAAAAAGCGGAGGGCGACAUUAUGAAACGACCUCCGCGAAACCCAGUCACAGACAAGUUGGUGACUGAUAAAUUGAUCUCUUACUCAUACGGACAACUCGGUGUGAUUGAAUUCUUUGGAGGACUGUUCACUUAUUUUGUAAUUUUGGGUCAGAAUGGGUGGUGGAUUGAUAGGUUGCUCGGGAUUCAGGCGGAUUGGGACUCUCCGGUUGUGAACGAUUUGGUAGAUUCGUAUGGACAGGAAUGGACUUACUCUCAACGGAAAAUGCUGGAAAAGACGUGUUGGACGGGGUACUUUUGCACCGUGGUGAUUUGUCAGUGGGGGAACGUGCUGAUUUCGAAAGUUAGGAGGGCACCGUUAUACACAAAGUUUUUUGAUAACUGGGUCGUCUUUGUCGCUAUACUUGGGGAGACGAUUAUCGCUUGUGUACUCACGUACACGCCAGGGCUUAACGUCGCCAUAUCUUACAUGCCUAUUAAAUUCUGGUGGUGGCUUCCGUCGAUCCCAUUCUUUAUAUUUUUAGUCAGUUACGACGAAAUUCGUCGCCUAAUUCUCAGAACGAAACCAAAGUGGCUCUGGUACCAAAACGAAUUUUAUUACUGAGCAGUUUUUAAAUUUAUUAUCAUAUAAUAUUUGUCACUAAAAGACUCCUCGCUAAUAAAUAAAUACAGUUGGAUAAUUAAGAUAAUUAA